AUGUGCGAUUGUUUAGAAGAAAAGCAGCGGAAGGAGAGAGAACGCGCAAAAAAACUUGCAGCCCGUGGGUUCCGUGGUGGACUCUACGGCCCGGCGGGUGGAGCAUAUGAUGGCUUGGGGCCUGACAGUGGGGCCUUCAGUCCGGAGAGCGGCGGCUUUGAUGAAUAUGGCAACUGGGUUCCACCUCGGGACCCGCCUUCGCAUUUCACUCCCGUGCGGAUAGCGCUUGGAACGGCUGGCCUACUAUUUCUUACCUUUUUUGCAUUGUUCUUGAAGCUCGGCGACAAGAACAGCUCACCAAUCCAUAGACUCUAUUUUUCAUACUUUCCUCCUAAGCCGGACCCAAAUGCCCCUAAAGUCCCCAACUACUGCUUCGAUCCAAAGAAAAAAAAAUGGCCGCCUGAGCCUAUCGAUAAAGACGGAAGUUGAAACCAAU